CCGUCAGUUAUUUGCUGAUGUGGUUAACAGAAUUGCCGAUUCCCCUCACCGUCGCCGAGACCUCUCUCGACUUCGCCCAAGUCUCCACCGACCUCCCUAACGACGUCGUCUUGCUCCAUCCUCUUCUCCCCAAACGCCUUUUCCUUGAACAUCGGCGACCCUCCCUCCAUCAACCUAUAACACUCACACCGGAGGAAGGCGAUUAGCGACUCAUUCCCCUCCCUCAAUCGACAAAAACAAAAACUAACGGAGUUAAUUGAGUCUGACGGAGAUUAACGGUCGGUGACUAACGGUGAAACGAUUCGUAAAGUUAGUGGCGAAUUAGAAAGAAAAGUAAUUCGGGUGGCAAACAUGAAAUUUUUUAUGUAAUUUGAGUGACCAAACCUGUAAUUAGCAAGUGGAAUUUUGGUUUACUGACGUGGCGGUGGAACGAAUAAAGCAAAAGGUGCGACUUGCGAAACUCGAGCUCUGUGGAGCUUCUCCACUGCCGCUCAAAUUUUGCCUUGGUAGCACCUCUCCACACCACAAGCUUCCAUUAUCCUCUCCCCCUUUCUUCCUUUACCGCCAACCAGCUCUCCGAAUUCUCGCCGCAUUAGAUGGACUCCGACCACCGUCUCCGCCGCCAUCAGCAGCAGCCAUGAGCACACCCCUUCCUUCCUCCUCGCUCUCCCUCCUUAACCUCUUCCCUCUCACCCUUCCCUUCCACUGCUUCUCCCUCCCGCCGUCCGCUUCCCACUCCAGAUCCGCGCGCUCGUUCUGCGUCCAAACCACCACCACCGCCAUUACCCCCGCCCCCUACUCCGCCUCCGGCAGCGACCAAGCCCUUCUCCUCCUCCUCCGUCAGAGGAAGACCGACGAGGCGUGGGCGGUGUACGAGGCAUCAUCCCCUCUCCACCUCCCCAAUUCCACCUGCCUUAGCCGCCUGGUCUCCCAACUCUCCCUCCAAAACUCCCCUCUCUCCCUCGCACGCGCUCAGUCCAUCCUCACGCGCCUCCGCCAUGACCGCGAGCUCCACCGCCUCGACGCCAACUCCCUCGGCCUCCUCGCCGUCUCCGCCACCAAGUCCGGCCAGCUCCCUUACGCCGUCUCCGUCAUCAACUCCAUGCUCCGCUCCGGAUACCUCCCCCACGUCAAGGCCUGGUCCGCGGUGGUCAGCCGCCUGGCUUCCUCCCCGGACGACGGCCCCGUCCUGGCCCUCAAGCUCUUCAAAUCGAUAGUCCGACGAGUGCGGAAAUUCCCCGACCCGGAGAUGGUCCGGGAUUCCAUGCCGGACACCGCCUCUUUCAACAACGCUCUCAACGCUUGCGCCAACAUCGGGGACACCAAAACGUUCCUCCAACUGUUCGAUGAAAUGCCCGAGCUCGGUCUCCAUCCCGACAUCUUGACCUACAACGUCAUGAUAAAGCUCUGCGCCCGUUGCAACAGGAAGGACUUGAUGGUGUUCGUCGUCGAGUUUGCAAUCCAGAAGGGAGUCCCGUUCUGUAUGACCACUCUCCAUUCCCUCGUGGCCGCUUAUGUAGGGUUUGGGGAUCUCGAAACUGCUGAGAAGCUGGUUCAGGCCAUGAGGGAAGGAAGGAGAGAUUUGUGCAAGAUUAUGAGGGAGGCGAAUGACGAGGAAUCGAGGGAAGACGAUGAUGAUGAUGAUGAAGAUGAAGAUGGAAAUGUAGAUGAUGAGGCAGUCGUGUUUGAGAAGUUGCUUCCUAAUUCCGUUGACGAUGGUAACGAAACCGAGCCGCCAUUGCUGCCUAAAUCUUAUGCUCCAAAUUCAAGACUAUACACGACAUUGAUGAAAGGGUACAUGAAGCAAGGUCGAGCUGCUGACGCUGUUAGAAUGCUGGAAGCGAUGAGGCAUCAGGACGACCAAGCGAGCCAUCCUGAUCACGUCACGUAUACAACUGUGGUCUCUGCUUUUGUGAAGGUGGGUGCCAUGGAUCGAGCUCGGCAAGUGCUGGGCGAGAUGGCGAGGAUUGGUGUGCCGGCGAAUAGGAUUACAUACAACAUUCUCUUGAAGGGGUAUUGUCAGCAGCUGCAGAUAGACAAAGCAAAGGAGCUGUUGAUGGAGAUGACAGGUAAUGCUGAAAUUGAACCUGAUGUUGUUUCAUACAACAUUUUGAUCGAUGGGUGUAUAAAGGUGGAUGAUAGCGCUGAGGCCCUUAGUUUCUUCAACGAGAUGCGAGCGAAAGGGAUUCCGCCAACCAAGAUCAGCUACACUACGCUGAUGAAAGCUUUCGCCUCGUCUGGUCAGCCGAAGCUGGCUCACAAGGUGUUCGACGAAAUGCUGAAGGAUUCACGAGUCAAAGUUGAUUUGGUCGCCUGGAACAUGUUGGUGGAAGGGUAUUGCAAGAUAGGGUUGGUUCAGGAGGCGAAGAGAGUGAUAGAGAAUAUGAAGGAGAAUGGGUUUUACCCUGAUGUGGCUACUUAUGGAAGUCUAGCGAAUGGGAUAUCGUUGUCGAGAAAACCAGGAGAAGCUCUUCUCCUGUGGAAGGAAGUGAAGGAUAGGUGCGAAGCGAGGAAAGGAGAGAAGAACUCAGAAGCGGAUUCUGUUGUCCCGCGGUUGAAGCCUGAUGAAGGGCUGCUUGAUACUCUGGCUGAUAUCUGCGUGAGAGGUGCCUUCUUCCAGAAGGCAUUGGAGAUUGUGGCCUGCAUGGAAGAACAUGGAAUACCACCAAACAAGUCCAAGUACAAGAAGAUUUACGUGGAGAUGCAUUCCAGGAUGUUUACGAGUAAACACGCUUCACAAGCGAGGCAAGACCGGAGGAAGGAGAGGAAGAGAGCUGCCGAGGCUUUCAAGUUUUGGUUGGGUCUGCCGAAUGAGUAUUAUGGGAGCGAGUGGCGACUUGACCCCUUGGUUGAAGAUAGAUUCCUUUGAGAAGGUUAGUUACUUCCUAUACCAACGCAAAUAUGUUAUGUUUGUUGUUGUACACUAUAUGUAGCAGAGGAAGCUUCCAAUUUGUGGAUAUACAUUAUCAUUGAUUCUUGUAGUGAACCCAAGUGAUGGCUUCUGUAAUGUAAAUGAACACAACUUUCAUGGAAUAUAAACUGAUAGCAUAUGAACAAAUGCUGUUGUGAAAUAUGCCAGAGCUGUUCUGCAAGCAUGUGAAACCACAGCUUUAAGCAUAUACAAACGACUUGAUCAACCUUCGAAAGCAAAUUUUAUGAAGAACUUUAGGGCCUUGACCUGGACGAUUGACUCCGCGAAUAAGAGGAUGUUUGCACCUAGGAAAAGCAGUUGUUUUUGUCAAACAUCUCCACGAAUGCACCAUCAACAAGGUCCUGGGUAACAAGGAAAUGCAAGUAAAAAGGAAGCCUCAAACUCUACUUCUAUUUUCUGAAAAUCUAAUGCUUUAGCUGAAGAUCUACAAUGCUGGAUGUUGAAUCUGGGUGGUCUAUGAUAUUGUCCGCUUUGGGUCGCACGGUUUUACUCUUGAAUGUCCUCUCUAAAAGGUCUCGCCCUCGUACUAAUGAGCUUGGUGAACACUAAUAUACAAGGGUUCCUUCUCUUAUAUUAUCGAUGUGAUUCUUGGAUUGUCCCAUAACAUUGGAUUUAUAGUUUUCACAAUCGAAACUCAUCUGGACAACCAGAGGCUUCGCGGUGCUAACCUUCACCACUGUUCCACAAACAGAUACAAGCUUGUCUGUCGAUCAAAGAUGGAUACUAAUGGUGUUUCUCCUUGAAGCAGGAGGACAAAAAAAUUGUUUUUAGCUCAAGUCUAAGUUACUGAUAUAAACUACCUGCUUGAUGCAGACAACGAAUACAACUCAGCCGCGAAUUUCAAUAUAUAUCGGGUGUUGCAUUUCUAACAUUUGUGAUAUGAGCAUGAAACCAUUUGAAUUUGUCAAAAUCGCAACCACUUUCUUUUUAGAGUAAUCUGAACUUUUCUCAACAACCCAACCCAAAAAAAUAAAAGGAUAAGACGAAAUUGAACGUGCAACUUCAACAUGAAAUUGGAAAGAGCCUCGAACAAUAUGAAGGUAGAAGCUCUACCACAAUCAAUAUAGAUGCUUGAUUGUUACAGAGACACAAUCAACACUUGGAGUCCACCAACGGCGAGAGCAAAAUUCACAAGCCAAAAAAUGGAUGCUUGAUUGUUACAGAGACACAGUCGACACUCGUCAGCCCCGAUCCCCUGUCAAAGAUUUAACUCAACCGACUGGGGGGUCUCUGUUGCAAUUCCCCGGUCACCCUCUUGAUUCCCCGAUCGGGGUAUUUGAUGACUCGGCCAAGGGAAAUUACAUUAGUCCCUCCCCGAUGAAGAAAUUUUGCUCUCAAAA